UACUAUACAACUUACCUAUGUACGUAAUCACAGUGUCACUGUGUGCUACCUUGCAAUUAUUACAUUUCCAGCAUGUGACAGAUUAGAGUAACGUAGGCGGACACUGCCGUAUCCUGGAUGCAUGUGCAGCUCUGUUGGUGUAUGUCUUAGUAGCUGUGCACAGCCUCAGACAUAUCUGGUUGCAUUGUCCGUUUGAUAGCGUACCUAGCUGAAAUAUGAAUGAUGGAAGUGCAGUACAACCUGUCCCAUUAUUACAGACAGAAUGAGGGAGCCCAAUUCCUUUCCCCAACUCUACAGUCAUCUGAGCUCUUGACACCUCUACAGCCUCUUCAGCGCCCCACAGUAUCCCCGGAACGCUAUCAUGAGUAUCUUGUAUCGACACCUGUUCUAUCAAGAGUGCCAUGGGGCAGAGAAAGAGAGUAUGGAGGGAUUGGGGCCGUGUCUCUUCCACCUGAUCACCGGCCAAAGUCAGAACCUCCUCCACUAGAAGCGAAAGGACACAGGCACUACGGGUAUGGAGGAGACCCCUGGCCAUGUGUGGUACCCAUGCAGCAGAACUAUAACAUAACCAAGUUGAAGAAAAGUGCAGUCCGGAUAAGCGAUGACCUAUAUCCAAAACCGCCAGCUGCUUCUAUAAGUGACAAACAAAUAUAUGCAGAUUUCCCGGCAGAGCAUCCAUAUCAUUCCCACAUAUCCAAGUUUGCGGUGUUCCCUAGCUUCAGACCAACGGAAGAACCAGUCCGCAGUGCUACCCCACUACACCCACAUGCACCAUCCUGCGCCUAUCCAGCCAUCAUCCUAAAGAAGACCAAAGGACAUCCUUACAGGCAUGAGAUCAUUUCCCUUCCUUCGGAUUCACAAAAGGUGCCAAUGACAUGGCCAGGUCAGCAAGGAUACAAUCACGUCCCCAAAUUCAAUCAUGAAAAUAACCAAAUUUACUAUCCCAUUCCCCCAAAAACUAUGGCUCCCAAUGCGCUAAACAAGCCAUUUGAAGAAAUGCUCUCUGAGAGAACAGUGAAUUUACAGAGAAAUCUGAUGAAAUCCCAGUGGGUAACCUCAUACAACCGCAGCUUUACAGAUAACGGGGAAAUUAACCCAUUACAACUUGACGAUUUUCAUGAGAAGGUUAUUUACAAAAUAAGUGGACGGACAGAUGAAAAUACAGAAAUGAAGCCAACAUUUUUAUCUACUGUUUUGCGUGCACGACCACUGGAAGGACGCAUUGCACGUUUACGAGAAGGGCGACGACCCCUUGUGAAAGAAGAUUUAUCUGUAGAUUUAGAAAGUAAGAAUGCACACCAUGCACAUGAAUUGGACACAACAUGUGUGACCUGCAUGCAGUCGUCCUGCACUUGUGGUGCUACUGGUAGCGGCUUGGAUAGCUGCAAUACUGCAGAACAGGAAUACACACGAUGCUCAUCUUCAAUGUGGAAACAUAAGGAACCAAGUCUAUGCAAGAUCACUGAUACUGAACAGCACGAUGCUUUUUACAGAAGGCAGAUUACGCCAAUAAUAACAUCUUAUGACAUGGAAAACAACUGCUAUAAAGACUUACAUCCACGUAAACAACAGCAAUAUGUGACUUUUGAUCCUAGUAAACCAUUCACGCACAAUGAUCCGACCAACUUGGAGGCUUGUUCUGUAGAGGCACAAAAUAAUCACAGUGUGCUACUGAGCCACUGCAACAACAUACACAUGCUAAGAAACACAGGAACCAUAUGUGACCCUGAAAAGACAGCGCUCCUGAAGCUUCAAGACUCUUUCUCAAUGUCAGAGGCACAUAAAGCGUUCCACAGGAACUUCCCAGCAAAGACAAAAGACCUGAGAGAGAAUCACCAUUCUGGGAGGCAGCACAAGUUUUAUGGCUUCCAUUCAUUCUAUUACCACAAUUAACACUGCAUAUAUCUAUUAAUCUAAUGAUACACACAUCUGUAAUAAUUGUGGGCCUUGACUAAAAGCAAGUUUUUGUGUGAUUAAACUGAUUGCUUGUAGUAAUUA